GCCAGCCCGGCUCUUCCCUCCCGGGAUCUCAAGAGGAAGGAGGGACAGACGCCGCGCAGCCCCCGAUGGAGAGCUGGUCCCCGCGCCUCGUGGCCACAGCGCUCCUGGCAUUGCUGCCGUGGACCCCACAGCGGGCAGGAGGACAGUCAGUGACCCACAUCGGCCCCCCCAUAGUGGUCUCCCUGGCCAACACAUUCGUCUCAUUCAGAUGCAGGGUCACUUGCCCAGACAUCCAGGGAUUCAAGAACAUCACAGUUGGCUACUUCAACAAGGAUGUCCAGGGUCACGCCAGCUCUGAGAAGUCCAUCACCUGCCGACCCGUGCCAGGCACAGAGAACAAGACCUGCUCCCUGGAGUGCGAGGCCGUCAUCAGGCUGCCUGGUGCAUCAGCCACGGGCACCUACUACUGCUCUCUCUACUGGCAGGGCUUCACCGUGAACGGCGAUGGCACCUUCAUCCUGGUCAGAGAUUCGGGGUAUCGAGAGCCCCCGCAGAGCUCCCAGAAGGCCCUGCUCUUUGGCUUCACUGGCCUCCUGACCGUCCUGAGUGUCCUGGCCACGGCGCUGCUCUUCUGGAAGAAGAAACAGAUGGGGGCUCCAGGGAAACGCUCAGACCCGAGACCUGCCGGCGCCUCGACUCGGCCUGCAGCGGAAGCUGUCUACACGGUGAGUCCUGGCCUG